ACGGUCUUUCGCCUUGCCCUCGAUGCCGUGUUCGUACUCGUAUUCACGGAUGAUAUUUAGAAAGAUUUGUAUGUGAAAAGUGAAUAAUAACGUAUUGAUAUAUUUUUAAGUGAUUGGGUUAUGCAUAAAAAAGAUAAAACCGGCAAAAAAACUAUUAGUUAUUGGUGUAAAGUUUGACUUGGGUUUCUGAGUAAGCCUGAAAGUGGUAGCGGUAUUUGUGUGAACUGAAGAACUAGGUACAUAAACCCGAGGAAAACAUUCCUGGAUUAGUUUUGCAGAAGUGAUUGUGGCGCGGUGAGGUGCACUAGGUCGCCAUGACGACCGACAUCUCGGUGUCCCGCUGGGACCCGUCCGUGGGCCACGGCCAGGAGAUCAUCGAUGAGAUCGAGUACGAUGGCGGCAACUCGUCGUCGAGGCUUUUCGAACGAUCGCGCAUCAAGGCGCUUGCAGACGAACGAGAGAGCGUACAAAAGAAGACGUUUCAAAAAUGGGUGAACUCACACUUGGUGCGAGUGGGUUGCCGCAUCGGCGACCUCUACGUGGAUAUGCGGGACGGAAAGAUGCUCAUCAAACUGCUGGAAGUACUAUCAGGGGAGAGAUUGCCUCGUCCAACAAAAGGCAAAAUGCGUAUCCACUGCUUGGAGAACGUGGACAAGGCGCUACAGUUUCUGCGCGAGCAGCGAGUGCAUCUCGAGAACAUGGGAUCCCACGACAUCGUAGACGGAAACCCGAGGCUCAACCUGGGUCUCAUAUGGACUAUCAUUUUGCGAUUCCAGAUUCAAGACAUUACAAUAGAAGAGACAGAUAACAAAGAGACAAAAUCUGCCAAGGAUGCGCUCCUAUUAUGGUGUCAAAUGAAGACGGCCGGAUACAACAACGUGAAUGUGCGCAACUUCACAACUUCCUGGCGCGAUGGUUUGGCGUUCAACGCUAUCAUACACAAGCACAGACCAGACCUCAUACAGUUUGAGAAACUGCACAGAAGCAAUCCGAUGCAUAACUUGAAUAACGCCUUCAAUGUUGCUGAGGAGAAACUCGGACUUACUAAACUGUUGGAUGCUGAAGAUAUCGCCGUCGACCACCCAGACGAGAAGUCCAUCAUUACCUACGUAGUGACAUACUAUCACUACUUUAGCAAGAUGAAGCAAGAAACAGUGCAAGGAAAGAGGAUCGGCAAGGUUGUCGGUAUCGCUAUGGAGAAUGAGAAGAUGAUGCACGAGUACGAAACUUUGACUAGUGAUCUGCUGCAAUGGAUCGAGCGUACCAUCGAAGCGCUCGGUGACCGCACGUUCGCGAAUUCCCUGGAAGGUGUGAGACAACAACUGAUACAGUUUGCCAACUAUCGCACUGUUGAGAAACCGCCUAAGUUCGUAGAAAAAGGCAACCUCGAAGUGCUUCUAUUCACGCUGCAAUCCCGCAUGCGUGCGGCGAACCAGAAGCCCUACACUCCCCGCGAGGGACGCAUGAUACACGACAUCAAUAGAGCCUGGGAGAGGCUGGAGAAGGCGGAGCAUGAGAGGGAAUUGGCGCUGCGGGAAGAGCUGAUUAGACAGGAGAAACUGGAGCAAUUGGCUGCUAGAUUCAACCGCAAAGCGCAGAUGCGUGAAACGUGGCUCUCUGAGAACCAACGGCUAGUAAGCCAGGACAACUUCGGUUUCGACCUCACGGCCGUUGAAGCAGCGGCUAAGAAGCACGAAGCUAUCGAAACCGAUAUAUUCGCGUAUGAGGAGCGUGUGCAAGCGGUGGUCGCUGUGUGCGGAGAGCUGCAGGCUGAACGGUACCAUGACAUAGAGCGUGUGUGUGCCCGUCGUGACAACGUUUUACGUUUGUGGGCGUAUUUGCUUGAACUGUUGCGUGCGCGUCGAGCCCGUUUGGAACUCAGUUUGCAGCUGCAGCAGAACUUCCAGGAAAUGCUAUACAUCCUGGAUUCAAUGGAGGAGAUCAAGAUGCGCCUGCUCACAGACGAUUACGGCAAACAUCUCAUGGGCGUUGAGGACUUGCUGCAGAAGCAUGCUCUUGUCGAAGCCGACAUCAACGUACUUGGCGAAAGAGUCAAGGUUGUUGUAGGCCAAUCGCAGCGGUUCCUAGAAGUGGAAGAGGGCAACUACCGGCCAUGUGACCCGGCCAUCACCGUGGAGCGCAUACAGCAGCUCGAGAACGCGUAUGCUGAGCUCGUGCACCUCGCCGUUGAAAGGAGGAAGCGUCUGGAAGACAGCCGCAAACUGUGGCAGUUCUACUGGGACAUGGCUGAUGAAGAGAACUGGAUCAAGGAGAAGGAGCAGAUCGUAUCUGUUGAUGACAUCGGUCAUGAUCUUACAACUGUGUACCUGCUGAUAUCCAAGCACAAGGCGCUAGAGGCGGACGUGUCUGCGCACGAGCCGCAGCUCAUGGACGUGGCCGCGGUGGGCGAUGAGCUCAUCUCGCAGGGACACUUUGGAGCGGAUCGCAUACAGGAGCGUCUGCGCGACAUCCUGUCGCAGUGGAACCACCUGCUGGACGUGGUGUCGCUGCGCAACAACCGCCUCGACGCCGCCGUGCGCUACCACCAGCUGUUCGCCGACGCCGACGACAUCGACGCAUGGAUGCUCGACACCUUGCGGUUGGUAUCAUCCGAAGACACCGGUGUGGAUGAAGCUCAAGUGCAAAGCUUGUUGAAGAAACACAAGGACGUCACGGACGAACUCAAGCACUAUGCUAAUGUUAUUCAGCAACUCAAGCAACAGGCAAGCGAGCUCAGCCCCGAGGACGCAAGCAGUGCCGAAGUCCGCGACCGUCUGGGAGCUAUGGACGCGCGGCUCGGCGAGCUGUCCGAGCUUGCUCGGCUCCGCAAGCAGCGGCUGCUCGACGCGCUGUCCCUGCACAAGCUGCUCGCUGAAGCAGAUGCAGCAGACCAGUGGAUUGCGGAGAAAGACCGCAUGUUAGAUACCAUGCACCCGCCCAAGGAUAUUGAUGACGUGGAGAUCAUGAAGCACAGAUACGACGGUUUCGACAAGGAGAUGAACGCGAACGCGUCCCGCGUAGCCGUGGUUAACCAAUUGGCUAGGCAGCUAAUUCACGUUGAACACCCUGAAGCGCCACGCAUUCAGGAGCGACAGGCGCAACUCAACCAGGCCUGGAGCGGGUUGAGAGAGAAGGCCGAGGCAAAGAAGGACGAACUCAAAUCCGCUCAAGGCGUACAAACGUUCUACAUCGAGUGCCGCGAAACCGUCUCAUGGAUCGAAGACAAGAAGCGCAUCCUGCAACAGACGGACAACUUGGAGAUGGAUCUCAACGGCGUUAUGACACUGCAGCGCCGUCUGUCGGGCAUGGAGCGCGACCUGGCCGCGAUACAGGCGCGCAUCACGUCCCUGGAGAGCGAGGCGAGCGCGAUCGAGGACGAGCACCCGGACGAGGCGCGGCUCAUACGCGACCGCGUCGUCACCAUCACGGACAACUGGGAGCAGCUCACGCAGAUGCUCAAAGAACGCGACGCCAAAUUGGAGGAGGCAGGUGAUCUUCACCGUUUCCUGCGUUCCGUGGACCACUUCCAAGCGUGGCUCACCAAGACACAGACGGAUGUUGCUUCGGAAGAUAUUCCAUCAAGUCUCCCGGAGGCAGAGAAGCUGCUGUCUCAGCACCAGACGAUCAAGGAGGAGAUCGACAACUACAAGGACGAGUACGCGAAGAUGAUGGAGUACGGAGAGAAGAUUACUGCCGAGCCAUCGACAGCGGACGACCCGCAGUACAUGUUCCUGCGCGAGCGGCUGAAGGCCCUACGCGAGGGCUGGGCCGAGCUGCAGCAGAUGUGGGAGAACCGCCAGCAGCUGCUCACGCAGUCGCUCGAGCUGCAGCUGCUGCAGCGCGACGCGCGCCAGGCAGAGGUGCUGCUCGCGCACCAGGACCACAGGCUAGCAAAGACCGAGCCACCAGCGAACUUGGAACAAGCGGAGAACAUGAUCAAGGAACACGAGGCCUUCCUUACAACAAUGGAGGCAAACGACGACAAGAUCAACUCUGUGGUCCAAUUCGCGAACCGCCUCGUGGAAGAGAGACACUUCGAUGCCGACAAAAUCCAACGCAAGGCUGAGAGCAUCCGCGCCAGACGUGACGCCAACAGAGAGAAGGCUCUCCAACAAAUGGAGAAGCUCCAAGAUCAACUGCAGUUGCAUCAAUUCCUUCAAGAUUGCGACGAGCUCGGUGAAUGGGUACAAGAAAAGAACGUCACUGCGCAAGACGACACCUACCGCUCAGCGAAGACCAUUCACUCCAAGUGGACCCGUCAUCAAGCCUUCGAAGCCGAAAUCGCAGCGAACAAGGAACGUUUAUUCGCAGUACAGAACGCGGCUGAGGAACUCAUGAAACAGAAACCGGAGUUCGUCGAAAUUAUUUCACCCAAAAUGCAUGAACUGCAAGAUCAAUUUGAAAAUCUUCAAACAACAACCAAGGAUAAGGGUGAACGUCUAUUCGACGCCAACCGCGAAGUCCUUCUUCACCAGACCUGUGACGAUAUCGACUCGUGGAUGAAUGAGUUGGAGAAACAGAUCGAAAACACAGACACGGGAACUGAUCUGGCAUCUGUGAAUAUUCUAAUGCAGAAGCAACAGAUGAUCGAGACUCAGAUGGCGGUCAAAGCCAAGCAGGUCACCGAACUCGAAACGCAAGCGGAAUACCUGCAGAAGACCGUACCUGACAAAAUGGAGGAGAUUAAAGAGAAGAAGAAGUUUGUGGAACAACGUUUCGAACAACUCAAAGCGCCAUUGCUCGAGCGCCAACGCCAACUGGCCAAGAAGAAGGAAGCGUUCCAAUUCCGUCGCGAUAUCGAGGAUGAGAAGUUAUGGAUCCAUGAGAAGAUGCCAAUAGCGACCAGCACAGACUAUGGCAACUCCUUAUUCAAUGUGCAAAUGUUGCAGAAGAAGAAUCAGUCACUGAAAACGGAGACUGACAACCACGAGCCAAGAAUUCUGACAGUUAUUUCUAACGGACAAAAGCUUAUUGACGAGGGUCAUGAAGAUUCGCCCGAAUUCAAGAGGCUUAUUGACGAACUCACCGCGCGGUGGCGAGAACUUAAAGAUGCCAUCGAAGAACGCAAGAACAAACUGUCUCAAUGGGAGAAGGCUCACCAAUAUCUAUUCGACGCCAACGAGGCCGAGGCGUGGAUGAGCGAACAGGAAUUGUACAUGAUGGUAGAAGACCGUGGUAAAGACGAGAUUUCAGCCCAGAACUUGAUCAAGAAGCACGAGAUUCUGGAACAAGCGGUCGAUGACUACGCGAAUACGAUCCGUCAGCUUGGUGAAACUGUCCGUCAGCUCACUGCUGAAGAACAUCCUCUGAGCGAACAGAUCUCCGUGAAACAGUCCCAAGUGGACAAACUGUACGCCGGUUUGAAGGACCUAGCCGGUGAGAGACGCGCCAAACUCGAUGAAGCAUUACGACUCUUCCAACUGUCGAGAGAAGUCGAUGAUCUGGAGCAAUGGAUCACUGAACGCGAACUGGUUGCUAGUUCGCAAGAGCUCGGACAGGAUUAUGAGCAUGUUACUUUGCUAUGGGAGCGCUUCAAGGAAUUCGCUCGCGAGACCCAAAUGGUGGGUUCGGAACGCGUGGCCACCGCUGAGCGCAUCGCCGACCAGAUGAUCGCCAUGGGACACUCGGACAACGCCACCAUCGCGCAGUGGAAGGAGGGCCUUAAGGAGACUUGGCAGGAUCUGCUCGAGCUUAUUGAUACUAGGACACAGAUGCUGGCGGCGUCCCGCGAGCUGCACAAGUACUUCCACGACUGCAAGGACACGCUGCAGCGCGUGAACGAGAAGGCGCGCGGCGUGAGCGACGAGCUCGGCCGCGACGCGCUCUCCGUGUCCGCGCUGCAGCGCAAGCACCACAACUUCAUGCAGGACCUGUCCACGCUGCACAACCAGGUGGAGGCGAUAAACGCGGAGUGUUCGCGUUUAGGUGCGUCAUACGCGGGCGAGAAGGCCGCGGAGAUAACGCGGCGCGCGGGCGAGGUGGCGGACGCGUGGCUGGCGCUGCAGGGCGCGUGCGAGGCGCGCCGCGGCAAGCUGGAGGACGCCGACCAGCUCUACCGGUUCCUCAGCCAGGUGCGCACGCUCACCAUAUGGAUGGACGACGUCGUGCGCUCCAUGAACACCGGCGAGAAGCCCAGAGACGUGAGCGGCGUGGAGCUCCUCAUGAACAACCACCAAUCGCUGAAGGCGGAGAUAGAGGCUCGCGAGGAGAACUUCGCGGCGUGCAUCGCGCUCGGCCGCGAGCUGCUCGCGCGGCAGCACUACGCGUCGGGCGACAUACGCGACAAGCUGCACGCGCUCUCCGACCAGCGGAACGCGCUGCUGCGCCGCUGGGAGGAGCGCUGGGAGAACUUGCAGCUCAUUCUCGAGGUGUACCAGUUCGCACGUGACGCGGCGGUGGCGGAGGCGUGGCUGAUCGCGCAGGAGCCCUACCUGAUGUCGCAGGAGCUCGGCCACACUAUCGACGAGGUGGAGAGUUUGAUCAAGAAGCACGAGGCGUUCGAGAAGUCGGCCGCCGCGCAGGAGGACCGCUUCAGCGCGCUGCAGAGACUCACCACGUUCGAAGUGAAAGAAAUGAAGCGCCGCCAAGAAGCGGCUGAAGCGGCUGAACGCGAGCGCAAAGAGCGCGAAGCCGCUGAAGCUGCAGCGGCUGCAGCGGCUGCACAGGACGCGGUCGACCGCGCUGCGUCGCCCGAGCCACAGCAACCCGUCGUAAGGAGAACAUCCACUAAAGCGGCUGAAAAGGCCCAAGAGCGACCGCAUUCCCAGCCAGCCCCCCCCGCGCCCCCCGCGCCCGCGCCCGCGGCGCGCGGCCCCCCCGCGGCCCCGCAGCCGGACACCCCGCCCCGCCCCUCCACGUCGAAACAGACGCCCGUUAAACCCGCACGCACCUCUACGCCCGGAACGAGCUCGACCCCGGCCACGCCGUCGACUUCCGGUAAGGUGAAGUCUCGGUCGCGGAGCAAGUCGCCGUUCCGGAGCUUCCGCUGGCGCACCGCCAAGAAACUGCUCACUGGAGCGCACCACAGCGAUGAUGAAGAGGGCGCUAGUCCCGGAGGGGAGGAUGAAGGCGUAGAGGGCAUGUUGGUCCGCAAACACGAAUGGGAGUCGGCUGCCAAACGCGCUUCUAACAGAUCAUGGGACAAGGUGUACGUGGUGGCGAAGGACGGGCGCAUGUCGUUCUACAAGGACGCGAAGGCGUACAAGGCGGCGCCCGAGCAGCACUGGCGGGGCGAAGCGCCGCUCGACCUCAACGGCGCCGUCGUCGAACAGGCGGCCAACUAUACUAAGAAGAAGCACGUCUUCCGUCUCAGGCUGUCGAACGGCGCGGAGUUCCUGCUGCAGGCGCACGACGAGGGCGAGAUGGGUGCGUGGGUGGAGGCGCUGCGGGCCCGCACGGCCGCGCCCGCGCCGCGCUCGCACACGCUGCCCGCGCACGCGCCCAGCGAGCCCAAGCGCCGCUCCUUCUUCACGCUCAAGAAGAAGUCAGUGCGCACGCUCUCCUUCCUCUACUCGCCUUGACACCCACCCUCCACG